AUGGACCAGUUCCAUUCGAUCAUCAACAUCGAGUCGGUCGUCAACGAACACGCUGCAAUGAUGCGAUGGGCUUUCUCGGAUAUCGGUACUACUCCGGACCAUGUCGAGACGCGUAAAUCCAGUGAUUCGUCUCAGCAAGCCCAUUUCAGCCUUUUGUACACGGAAUCGAAGUUUUUCAGUGAUGGUCCACGACUCAUGACCGUAGUCUUGUCUUCACCGGAUCAGGGCGUUCUGUUUUACCGUGGCGCAGGUGCUCUGAAGUCGUCUUUCGUGUGCACGGCGCCAGCUGUUCUGCGUGAGAUGCUUUUCGGCAGAGAUUCGUCCAUCGAAGACAGGAUGCACUCGCCGUUGGAGGAUCGCGACCCCAUCAACUAUUCGACGUGGUACAUAAGAUGGCGUAGUCGCCAGGCAGCCAAGGCGUUCCUUGCAAAGCGCAACGUAGGAUGCAGUCGAGAACGGACACAGGACCAGGUGAUUCGACUUGCUGGAGUGGUGAAGGACCGGCAUCAUUCCAAUAGUCUUCUGAACCCGCUACCUUGA